AUGUCCGAAUGGUCAAUUCUGUCCGGAGAUUCUUCUGAACGAGGCAGCGUCAGCUCAGAGUCGGAUAGCGGCUUUGUACUCGAGAGCCUGACUCCAAUGCCGAAGGCUACUAGAAGAAACAACCGCAAUACCAAUGCCACCUGGUUUGGAAGCCAAGCCGCAGCUGAUACUCCUUCUGAAGGUGACGCGACAGGUCGGGAUCCUUCACCCAAUCUCCACAACAUCAACGAAACCAAGCCAAAUAUUGCCUCGCAAUGCCAGACCAUUCCGAAGAGUACAUCCCAGGUAGAUCAAGUAACGGCAAACUCUGUCACACGAGAUAAGACCUCAGCACCUGCUCCCAGGUUCAUUGACGGUAUCGACGUCUCGACGCUGCGACACUUUGUCCUCACAGUCACUGAUCAACAACAAGAUAUGCCAUCUAAGAUAUGGGCUACGAUCGAACAUGACUAUCAGAGGCACGGUAUCAGCUCAAUGCUUCAUACUGUCUUGUGGGCAAAUAUCUAUCUCCUCGAGGACCGGGAGAAUGGGUUCUGGAAGGAAGUUAAGAGAGUAGCCACAGCCAAAGUUCCAAAAGACCUGAACUGUGAGAUACUUGUCAAGGGUGAUACGGAGAAGGUCCGCAGAGUGUUCAGAAGUCUCAAUCUUCUUGUUCACAACGGAAAGCACUUCUUCCACGGAGAUAACUUCUACUUCUCGUUCAGGAACGGCGUUUUCCUUUGGCAAUUUUACGGAGAUGGACCUGAUCUUCACAACUUCCUACUUGAGGAAGGUAUCCCUACCGUCGAAAAAGCCUUCAACAGGAUUUCCUCCACGGUGCCAACGCCAUGGUAUCCAUAA